UCUACACUGUCACGUGACCCAAUGUUUUGCUGCUUUCACCGGGUGUAGCAGAGGAGACAUACCUGCUUCUUAAACGAGAAUUCUUACAGCUUUUAUUAGUAAUUUUACUAUGUGGGGUUAGUUGUAGCUUCCAUUUACACGUCUGAAGUAUUCGUUAACCUAUUCACGUACAGGUCCCAGCGUUAUAUCACCGAAUAAGCUUUAGUUAGCAAAUUAUAUCAUCAACUCCAGCGUGGGAUAUGGCGGCGGUUGACAGCUUUCAGUUUUUGUACAGAGAAAUUUCUCGUACGUGCAACUCUUACUUUGAAACCCUGGCGCUGGUCGGUGCUCUGUACACGGCCAGCAGGGCAGUGAUCCUGCUGAGCGACUGCUGCACGUUGGUUAGGGUGCAUUUUCUGCCCAGAUUGAUCCCAAGUAAGAAGCUGACCCAGAGAUAUGGUGACUGGGCUGUCGUUUAUGGUGCAUCGGAGCCUGUAGCCAAAGCAUACACAGAGGAGCUGGCCAGGCAUGCCAUCAGCAUCAUCUUUGUCACUCGGGACCCCUCCUCUGUUAGAGACAUGAGUGCAUACCUCUCCCAGAAUUAUGGAGUGGAAACUCUUGUGGUCUCAGCUGACUUCUCCCUGGACCAAGUGGCCUGCAAGCCCAUCAAAGAAGCAUUGAGGGGUAAAGAUAUUGGCUUCCUGGUAAACUGUGUCGAGGAAUCUUUGGCUUCACCCCAGAGCCUGAUUGAAGUGCCCGAACAGCACCUCUUGGAUUUGGUGAACAGGAACAUUGCAGUCACUACUCUGAUGACCCGAUUGGUUCUGCCGGGGAUGGUGGAUCGCAGCAGAGGUGCCGUGGUCAAUAUAUCAUCGGGUGCCUGCUGCAGACCUCUUCUUGGAAGAGUGACGCUCACCGCCUCCACUGGAUACCUGGAUCAUUUGUCAAGAGCUCUUCACCUUGAGUACAGCAGCAAAGGCAUAUUCAUUCAGAGUCUGCUCCCCUUCCAGAUAGCCUCAAGUGACCAGCAGCCAUCAUCAUCAUCUUCAUCACCAUCACGAAGAGAAGGCUGGUUUGUACCAAAGCCAGAAGUUUAUGCUCGCCAUGCCAUCUCCACUCUGGGAGUCUCAAACAGGACCACAGGAUAUUGGCCUCAUACCCUGCAGUACGGAUUGAUGAGAUGCAUUCCAGAGUGGAUCUGGGUUCUCGGAUCACGAGUGCUCAUUAGCUCAAGCUAAGAGCUUAAUCUGACGCACUGGGUCUUGUUGUUACACGAAUCUUGUUGCAUUCCAGCUUCUUCUGCUAUUAAAUCUGUUGAACUUUGAUGCUCUGAUGAGGCUGACACUACCGUUUUCUUUCUAUUGAUUGGGUAUUAGUUAAUAAAGAACCUGCAGUGGAAUUCAUCUAAAAUGAUGAGUAAAAGUACAAACAUUUUUUCAACAUUGCUCCUGCAUUACUAGAUUAUGGUCUGAUGAAUCUGUGACAUCCAGCGUUUACUUUGAAGCCAGACAACCUUAAUUAUUUCCAGACCUGUGUUUGGGUUGGAUUUACAAGCUUGUCAAUUAUUAUUGGAGCCUAACAAUAAGACUUUGUUUGGUCUUGUGCACAAAAACCAUUUUAUACGAGUGAAACUCAUUUUACCUCCUGUGUAUCUUCAAAAACACUUCAGUGGAAGAGAACAUUGUGUAUAAGUGCAGACAAUAUCAAAAUCCUCACCUUAAAUGUGAGACAAAUAAGAGCAAUAUAAUACAAACACAGCCGAAGUGAAACGAGUAUAAACAAAUUCACUAAUUACACAAGUCUAAAUUUAAGGAGUUAGGCUUGAUUUAGAUUUAAGAAUACAUUUAAGAAAGUAUUUUGACUUGCACUGUGAUAAGGUUUGCUUUUAUCUGCUAUUAAUCUACAUCCCAUGUGACUUCAUUCUAACCAAAAACGUUUUGCUCUGACCACGCGCAUCUGACACAUACACAGAGCCAAAAACAAAAAUAACAGGCUAAUAAUAUGUGAUAGCCUUUUCAUCAACAUGUUUGUUGAAAGUAAAAAAAAUAGUUUAUAUUUCAACUCGUUCUUGCUUAGAUUGUAUCCUCGGCUUCUUUGAUUUGCUGGUCUAAUCAAACAAAGAGUUUAAAUGUCAAGCUUUCUACAAUACAGUGUGGUGUUUAUCUGUUGCAAAAUAUAUAUAUAUAAGUGUUUACAUACAGAUAAGUGUGUGACGAGUGAAUGAAGUGUGAUAUUCAAGCAUCUCCAAUUUAAAGGUGUACUGAAGUUUAUGGUAUUUUAUUUUAUUAAGAAACAAUAUUUAAGACAUUUGAUAUGAGAGCAUUUUGCUUAAAGUGGACCUGUUAUGCUAAUUUCCAUCUCGUUACUGAUUCGACCACUUUUAACUCCUCAUUUCAAGCCAACUAACUGGCUGUCCCUCACAAACACAAGAUUUGAACAGCAGGUGGGUUAGAAUGAAUAACCUAAACUGUUACAGCACAUAUAUGAGAAAAUGAAUGUGGAAAAAUAUAAUAGGUCUGCUUUAGUUAAUCAUUUGUGUGAUCUUUGACACACACAUUGAGAUUAAUUAUGUUAAUUGAUUGCUGGAAUGUGAAAUCCGUGUGUUAUUGUAGCACAUAAUCAGACCAAUAAAACUCCUCCAUUCCAA